AUGGCUAUUAUCAAUUCUUUGAUUAUCAGUUGGUUAUUUUUUGUAUCAUCAUCAUCAUCAGUUGCAAUGUUAAUUCAGACAAAGCCAGGUUGCCAGCCUAAAUGUGGGAACGUUAGCAUUCCAUAUCCUUUCGGCAUCGGUGAAGGUUGUUCUCUUGACUCAAAUAUUUAUGGUUUUGGGUACAGUGUUAUGUGUAAUACUUCUUAUGAUCCCCCAAAGCCCUUGUACAUGUAUACAUCGGCAUUCAAUUUAGACACCGAAAUAUUGGGCAUAUCAGACACUGAAAUCCGCAUAAAAACCACACUCAUAGAAAAAUGUUACCGGAAGUCUUAUGCUGACAGCACUCUCAAUGCUUCUGCACAUGAGACCCCAUUUAUGGUCUCCCAAACAAAAAAUAGAGUGUUUGCUGUAGGGUGUAAUACAACAGGUUUAGCGUUGAUGCAAUUAUAUGGUACUAGAAUGAAUUAUACGGGCACAUGUCAUUCUCAGUGUGACACAAGGAACAAAGUGAUAGAAGGUUCUUGUACUGGCAGUGGGUGUUGUUCAACACCAAUUCCAAAGGGUGUAUAUGCUAUGUAUGGGAAUGUAACUAGCAACCUAAACGAGGUUUGGCAAUUCAAUCCGUGCAGCUACACCUUUACGGCUGAGACAGACAGCUUCAAAUUUAGUGCGUUGGAUCUUGUGGAUAUGCAUAGAAAAGGUAGAGAAGUUUUAUCAGUAGUAAUCGACUGGGCUAUAGGCACGGAGACUUGUAUAGAAGCACAAAAAAAUCCUUCAACUUAUCAGUGCCAUGGUAAUACUUCUUGCGUGGAUCCCAUAAACAAUCCUGGAUAUCGAUGUGUUUGUCAUGAAGGUUAUGAAGGAAAUCCUUAUCUCCAACCUGGAUGCCAAGACAUUAACGAGUGCGAGGAUGGAAAGAACAAUCUCUGCACAAAUAUUUGCACAAAUACAAUAGGGAGUUACGAUUGUUCUUGCCCAGACGGCAUUUCUGGCGAUGGAAGAAAAGAUGGGAGUCGUUGUAUAGUCGCGAAACAUGAAUUUCCAAUACUAGGAGUAACUUUGGGUGUUGGUUUGGGGUUACUUGCAUUUCUUCUAAUUGAUAGUUCUUGCUUAUACUUGAUCAUCCAUAAAAGAAAGCUAAUGAAAUACAGAAAGAUAUAUUUCGAGCAAAAUGGUGGAUUGCUGCUAAAACAAAAACUAUCCUCGAAUGAAAUUGGUGCAGAUUCAACGAAGAUAUUUUCUCCUGAAGACCUAGAACUCGCAACAAAUAAUUAUGAUGAGAGUCUUAUCCUUGGACGAGGAGGCUUUGGUACAGUUUACAAGGGAACUUUGUCCGAUAAUCGUAUAGUUGCCAUUAAGAAAUCACAAGUAGUUGACCAGAGCCAAAUAGAACAAUUCAUAAACGAGCUUGUCAUUCUUAGUCAGAUUAACCAUCGAAACGUGGUGAAACUCUUAGGUUGUUGUCUAGAGACUGAGGUUCCAUUGCUUGUUUACGAAUACGUUUCUAAUGGUACUCUCUACCAAUAUAUUCAUCACAACGAUGGUAUGUUCUCCAAUUCAUGGAAAAAUCUUCUGCGAAUAGCUUCCGAAAUUUCAAAUGCACUUGCAUAUUUACACUCAUCCGCUUCUAUCCCCAUCAUCCAUAGAGAUAUGAAGUCUACCAACGUACUGCUAGAUGAAAGCUACACUGCAAAAGUUUCAGAUUUUGGUGCAUCCAGGUUGGUUCCUUUGGAUCAAACUCAUUUAAACACGCGAGUUCAAGGCACUUUCGGAUACCUAGAUCCAGAAUAUUUUAGGACCAGCCAGCUGACAGAUAAAAGCGAUGUUUAUAGUUUUGGCGUGGUUCUUAUAGAACUAUUAACAGGAGAAAAAGCCCUUUCUUUUGAAAGGUCACAGCAACAAAGAACCCUAGCCAAUUAUUUCAUUUCUUUAUUGGAAGUAAACAAUUUUUCCCAUCUUCUAGGCUCUCGAGUAUUGAAUGACGGAAACCCGGAGCAUGUACUUGCUGUUGCAGAGCUUGCAAAGAAAUGCCUUAACGCAAAAGGAGAAGAUAGGCCUACAAUGAAACAAGUUGCAGCAAAGCUAGAAGGUCUGAGAAGCUUAGAAAAAGAUGCACAUCAAGCAAACCAUGAAGACUCUGAGAACGUACCAGUUGAGGUUGAUAGGGACUUAUAUGCUGUGCCACUCAUGAGCUCUUACAGUACUACAUCAUCAUUCGAUUAUUCUGGACAAAAUAGCUUGUCGACAAAUAUGACAGGUCCCAGCAAAAAUUCUUCUUCUAAGAGUACCAAAUUCACAAUUUCGAACCCUAACCCAUCUUCAAGAUUGAAGGACAAAGAAUCUCUCAAGAGGAAGCCAUCGCAUAACAAAGGAGAGUCUGAAUGCGAGAUUGAUGGUGGUAAGAUGAGAAAAAUUAGCAAAGCAACUCCAUUCAACAAGAACCUCAUAGUUCCUGACUUCGAUUGCCAAGAGGUUUAUGCUAAUUCUCGCAUCAAUACCGUGUUGUUGCACCAGACUUGA